UCCGCGUCGAGGCUUCAUUAGACUUCCUACCGUGAGCCUAACACACACACACACGUAUACACACGUAUACACACACACGCGCGCACAAACUUGCAGAACGCAGCACAGUUCAAAGGACUUUGAUAACGGAACCAUCGUGACGAUGUCGGAAACAGCGGCACCGGCGGCGGCGAGAGCCAAGAAGGCGAAACCGCAGAAGAAAGCGGCGGCGUCUCACCCCAAAUACUCGGAUAUGAUCCAGGCAGCUGUGCUGGCGGAUAAAAGCCGCGGCGGCGCCUCACGUCAGUCCAUCCAGAAGUACGUGAAGAGCCACUACAAAGUGCGCGACAACGCAGACGCGCAGAUUAAACUGGCGCUCAAGAGACUCGUCGCCACCGGGUUCCUGCGCCACACCAAGGGCAUCGGGGCCUCGGGCUCGUUUAAACUGGCCAAAGCCGAGGAGCCCACGGCAAAGAAGAAGAAGCCGCCGGCGUCCGUGUCCACAGCAGCCAAGAAGAAACCCAAAGCCGCCGUGAAAGCCAAGAAGCCCAAAGCUGCAGCCGCCAAGACCAAGAAAGCGCCCAAGCCCAAAAAAGUGGCCGCCAAGUCACCGGUCAAGGCAAAGAAGAACAAAGCGACCGCCGGUGACAAGAAAGUCACCAAAAAGGCUGCGGCUGAGAAGAAGAACAUUAAGACUAAGAAGACUAAGAAGUCUCCAGUAAAGGUGAAGAAGGCGGUGAAGAAACCGGUCACUGCCUCUAAACCGAGGAAGGUGAAGAGAGGCAGCAAGAAGAAGUGACUCAUUACACACAAACACACCUGUAAAUAGACUUGUGGGGGAUUAUUAUUAUUAUUAUUAUUAUUAUUAUUAUUAUUAUUAUUAUUAUUAUGUGACACUUUUACACCUAUUGCACUAAUAGACUUGAUGAAAGGAAAUAAAAACUACACUCGAAUCCUCUUUUUUUUUUAAAAAAAUAAAUAAAUAAAUAAAUGAUGUUUGUUCGUUAUUUUGUGGAGCUUUUAUAAAGUCUAUAUAGGGACUUUUUAUGACGUCACAAUAAUCAUCCUGUUGUAAAGUUCAUUAGUAUUUAAGUGAAAUAACUUCUUCGUACACCUUUAUACUAGACACAAAAUAAACUUUACCUCUUUUAAA